UCCAAUUUUGUCAGUCGCCAACCACCAAUUCAAACUUUCUUGCAAGAGAGCGAAGCAAGGCGGCAGACACGACCAGCUAAACGACCAGCGACCAACAAAAUACAUUCACAAUGGGUCGUCUUCAGGAAUACCAGGUCAUCGGCCGGCAUCUGCCGACCGAGACCAACCCUACCCCCAGCCUGUACCGCAUGAGGAUCUUCGCGCCCAACACUGUCGUCGCCAAGUCCCGUUACUGGUACUUCCUGCGGGGUCUCAAGAAGGUCAAGAAGGCCACGGGUGAGAUCGUCAGCGUCAACGUGAUCCACGAGAAGCACCCCAUGAAGGUCAAGAACUUCGGUAUCUGGAUCCGCUACGACUCGCGCUCGGGCACCCACAACAUGUACAAGGAGUACCGUGAGAUGUCCAGGACUGCCGCCGUUGAGGCCCUGUACUCGGACAUGUCCGCCCGCCACCGUGCCCGUUUCCGAUCCAUCCACAUUCUCCGCGUCGUCGAGAUUGAGAAGACGGACGACAUCAAGCGCCCCUACAUCAAGCAGCUUGUCACCAAGAACCUCACUUUCCCCCUCCCCCACCGUGUGCCCAAGAUCAGCUCCAAGAAGAUCUUCAGUGCGAAGCGUCCAUCCACUUUUGCUUAAACGGGUCGGUGAUGCCAGGGUUCGGGAGGUUCUGCAGGUGUUCAUUACGGGUUCAGGGACAUGUCUCUCAGCAUUUGCUCUUGGGAAGGGCGACGACGAACGAAGAAUAAACUUUGUGCAUGGUCUUUAUCCCGGGAGUCCAAUGGUCGUUUGCAGACCAGAAGGGGCUUGCGGGUUGCGAGACAUUGCGGGCAAGUCAUUCUUCUGGAGUUCUAUGAGACAGGAGUUAUGGUUUCAAAAAUGUUGACUUCAUCCCGGGCGAGUUCGUGAGAGCGAUGUGGUGUUGCUGUCUUGUGAUGUGUGAUUGUUAGGUAAUGUCGGAUUGCUGUACUCCAACAUGGUGAUGGCUUACUUCUCUGCCCAAGCACCUGCCUCUUGGGUGGAUCCACCGCAACAUAGCGGAAGUUGGUUCGGCG